GCUGUACAUAUAUAGGUUGACACCGGCGGACUCAUCUGACAGACACAGUGACAGAUCUCACAUCUCUCCAACGCACACAGUCACACACGUACAACGCGCUGUUGCCAUGCUGAGUUUAGUGGCAUCGCCACCACAGGAGCUGCAGCACCUCAACAUGGAUACUGAUGACAAGAAGAGGGCAGGAAACCUAAAGUUUCGGCUUCAGUGUAGAUCGUCUCAAGCAGCCACCACUGAGGGUAUUUGUUAUGAGGAGAUAUCCCAGUGGUCACAGUCUCUAGAAGGCCUGCUAUCAUCUAAAUAUGGCAUGAAGAUAUUCCAGGCCUUCUUGAAGUCAGAGUUUAGUGAUGAAAACAUCGAUUUUUGGCUGGUGUGUGAGGACUAUAAGAAGAUCAAGUCUUCCUUCAGGAUGUCCUCGAGGGCCAAAAAGAUUUUUAAACGCUACAUUCAAGCUGAGGCUCCGAGAGAAAUCAACAUUGAUCACAAGACCAGAGAGAUGAUCAGACGGAACAUGAAGGCGCCCACCACCGUGUGCUUCGACGACGCGCGGAGGAUCGUCUACGGGCUGAUGGAGAGGGACUCUUACCCACGUUUCCUCAGGUCGGACAUCUUCCAGGCGCUACUAGACUCCACGUCAGAAUCAAUUAAGAUGUAAAGAAAGCAGAUACCGCAGACGUUGUGUACUGUGACGCUGAGCCUGAUGUGCGACCACCUGAGGGAAGCUGUCUUUUUCGCUCGGCUGGGCUCCGCUGGCGGUGAUUCUUUAACACCAAAAGACAUUUCAACACAGUUCCUCUGAGGCCUCGGGCCUCCAAACGACUGCGUCGGACGGGAGAAUUCAACCUUGAGGUCAAAGAGGCCGUUUGUUCACAGAUGGUGUAAUGACAAGGUACGGAUAGAGAGGCCCGAAAUGGUCGAUUUCAAACACUGUCAGGUGGCUGUAAAGCAAAAGGACUUCCCGGAGAUGCCGCCAUUAUGCAGCGAAAAUGCGAGGGACUUUCUGUGCGAGAUGCCAUGAAGUGUGUGUGUGUGGUGCAACACCCUCCACCCGAGAUGCCAGAGCUCGACUGAAGACUGAACGCCAUGUUACUUUUAAUGUUAUUUCACUACUAGAAAGUACGCUAUCAAGAUAUCUAUUUUUUCAACAUUCUGACAACAAUAGUGUGACACCCUGAAAUGACUUAUGUGUUAAAUGUAUUAUAAUUAGUAAUAAGCUAUAUGUAUUGCACAGUUUGGGAGAAUGUUAUGUGAAUGGAAAUAUUGAACAUAUUUGAUAAUAAACUAAAUAUUUGCUUUCAAAUC